CGCUAAUGUCCCAGGCGGCGCGCUUCAAACAGGCGCCGCCUAGGCGCUCGCCCGAGCCCAGGCGCUGGGCGCUUCGGGCGAGCGCCUGGGUAAACCAAGGCGACCGAACCAGAAUUUUAGGUCUGGUUCGGUCCUGGUUCGGUUGUUAGUUGGUUCAAUCGAACCAACUAAACCGAUAUAACCCCAACCCUAACCCUAACCCUAACCCAACACUAACCUGCUGCUGCUGCCGCUCUCGAUCCCGAUCCCGAUCCCGAUCGCGAUCUCGUCGCUCGCUGCCGCUGCUCGCCGGUGUCGCUGCUCGCGCCUCCCGCGAGCCUUCCCGCAGUUCGCGCCUCCCGCGAGCCCUCUCGCUGCUCGCGCCUCCUGCGAGCCCUCUCGCUGCUCGCGCCUCCCGCGAGCCCUCUCGCCUCCUGCGAGCCCUCCCGCGAGCCUUCCCGCUGCUCGCGCCUCCCUCGAGGCCUCCCGCUGCUCGCGCCUUCCUCUCCCUUUCCCUUUCCCGCUGCCGCUGCCGCCGCUCGCUGCUGCUGUUGUUGCUGCCGCUCGCCGCCGCUGCUGCCGCCGCUCGCCGCUGCUGCCGCCGCUCGCCGCUGCUGCCGCCGCUCGCCGCUGCUGCCACCGCCGCUCCCACUCGCUGCUGCUUCCUCGUUUCUCCAUCAAGCUCAGUAAAAUAAUUAAGUUUAUUUGAAUUUUAAAAUAAAUAAUUUUCUGUUAAUAGAUUAAUAAUAUAUUAUUUUGAUUUUAAUGUUAUUAAUUUUUAUUUAUUUGAAAUUAUUGUUAGGUUUCAACAUAAAUGGCAAGUGCAGAAAGCAACUUAAUAGAGUCUCCAGUGGUAUCAAAAAAAGAUCCUGCAUGGAAGUAUAAUUAUUUGAAGGAUCCGAAAGAUCCUAAUGCAGUGACUUGCAUAUUCUGUGAUAAGACUACCAGAGGUGGUAUUUUUCGUGCAAAACAACAUCUAGUAGGAAAUUUCAAGAAUGCAGCAGCUUGCAAAAAAUGUCCACCUGAGGUAAAAGAAGAGUUGCUGAAUUAUAUGAAUGAAAAGAAGACACAAAAGAAUGAAUCUUAUGGGAAUUUACCAGAAGACAAUGUUGAACAUAUCAGAGAUGAAGAAGAAGAUUAUUCUACGAGUAUUAACCCAAGUGAAAAAAGAGUAUACGACAAAAAGGGAAAAGAAGUUAUGAGUACUAAGAAAGGUAGAAAAGGACCGAUGGAUCUAUAUAUGCUUCAAGGAUCCCAGAAACAACAAGGGCAAGCAGGAGGCUCAAAAUUGAGACAAACAAAUAUAAGUGAUGCUUGUGAUAAAGAAAUAAGAGGAAGAACAAUUCAGCACAUUGCUCGCUUCUUUUAUCAGGCUGGUCUUCCCCUUAGUACAACUCGUUUAGACAGUUUUAAGGAUAUGAUUGAAGCUAUUGGAAGAUAUGGUGCAGGAUUAAAACCUCCAAGUUAUUAUGAGAUGCGAGUUCCAUUGCUGCAAAAAGAGUUGAAUUAUACAAAUGACUUACUAAAGGGUCAUAAAGAAUCAUGGGCAACACGUGGUUGCUCUAUUAUGUCAGAUGUUUGGACUGACAGGAGGCGCAGGAGUAUAAUUAAUUUUAUGGUUAAUUGUUCUUUGGGGACUAUGUUUGUGAAGUCAAUAGAUGCUUCAUCUUUUGUAAAAUCUGGAGACAAGAUAUAUGAUUUACUUGACAACUUCGUGGAAGAAAUUGGAGAACAAAAUAUCGUUCAAAUCAUAACCGACAAUGGAAGCAACUAUGUUUUAGCUGGUAAAUUGCUUGAAUCAAAAAGACAACACUUGUAUUGGACUCCAUGUGCAGCACAUUGUAUUGAUUUAAUGUUGGAAGAUAUUGGAAAGAUCUUAGAAAUCAAGAAAACCUUAGAAAGGGCAAUUUUUGUUGUUGGAUUUCUUUAUAAUCACAUUGGGGCUUUGAAUAUGAUGAGAGAAUUUACAGGGAAUAAAGAAUUAGUGAGACAUGGUGUUACCCGAUUUGCUACUUCAUUCUUGACAUUACAGAGCGUGCAUCGUCAAAAACAUACUCUGAGAAAUAUGUUUACCUCUGAGAAAUGGGUGACAAGCAAAUGGGCAAAAGAAGCAAAAGGCAAGAGGGCUGCUGAUAUCAUCUUAAUGCCAUCCUUUUGGAAUCAUGUAGUUUAUAUAUUAAAGGUAAUGGGCCCUCUUGUUCGAGUCCUUCGGUUGGUGGAUAAUGAAAAUAAGUCUGCAAUGGGAUAUAUUUAUGAGGCUAUGGAUAGAGCAAAGGAGACGAUUAAAAGAUCUUUUAAUGAAAAUGAAGAAAAAUAUGAGAAAAUUUUUACAAUCAUUGACGAAAGAUGGAAUUGUCAACUUCAUCGUCCCUUACAUGCAGCAGGAUAUUAUUUGAACCCUGAAUUCUUUUAUAAGAUUAAAUCUGUUGGAUUUGAUGCAGAAGUUUUGAGUGGGUUAUAUCAGUGUGUUGCAAGAUUAGUUCCCAGCAUUGAGGUUCAAGAUAAGAUUAUUCAUGAAUUAUCUUUAUAUAAAAAUGCUGAAGGUCUUUUUGGAAUUCCAAUUGCCGUUCGAUCCAGGACAACUACCUCUCCAGCUGAAUGGUGGAGUCUAUUUGGAAAUUCCACCCCGAACUUACAGAAAUUUGCUAUCAAAGUACUUAGUUUGACAUGUAGUGCUUCGGGUUGUGAGCGAAACUGGAGUGUCUUUGAGCAUAUUCACUCGAAGAGAAGAAAUCGGUUAGAACAUCAACGAUUGCACGAUCUUGUUUACAUAAAGUAUAAUCAAGCUUUGAAGACUCGUCAUGAUUUGAAAAAUAGAUUUGAUUCAAUCUCAUUGCAAGAUAUUGAUGAUUCAAAUGAGUGGUUAGUAGGAGAAAUGGGUGCUAACUUGCAAGAUGCUGAAGACGAGCUUGUAUUUGAAGAUGAUAGAUUGACGUGGGGAGAUGUGGCAAGAGCUUCAGGUGCUGGAGAAUUACAAACAUAUACAAGACAGAUGUCAAAGAGAAAAAUGAGUGCAAAAGCAUCAAGCUCGGCUCCUGCUAUUGUUGAAGACAUAGAGAAUGAAACAUAUCUUGAUGAAGAGGAAGGAAUCGAAGAACAAGAGGAAGAAGACGAAUUCAAUGAAGAUGAUUUGUGUGAAAAUGACGAUAAUAUUGAUUAUGAUGAAUGACUUUGAUGUAAAAUUUUAAUGUUUUGAAUUUUGAAACUUUUUGUUAAUGUGACAUUGUGAUUUUGUAUCUUAGAUUUUCUUAAUUUAAUAGCAUAUUUUUAUUUAAAAUUUUAAAUAAUUAUAUUUAUUAAUUAUAUUAUAUAUUUUUAUAUUUUAGCGCCUCGCUUCGCUCGGGCGAGCGCCUGGGCGAGCGCCUAGCGCCUCGGGCGUUUUUGGACCUUGGCGCCAUUUGGCGCCUAGCGCUUUUUAAAUCACUGAUUAAGAAUUACUCUCUAUCAUUCCCUUUUUAUUCCUUAUACCAUUUCCUCUCUAUCAUACACAAUAAUGAAUGACUGAUGUUGUGACAAUUGUGGUAGGUGAGAACUUUGAUGGUCAUAAUAGAUGUCAUUCCCUUUUUUAUUCCUUAUAGCAUUUCCUCUCUAUCAUACACGAUGAUGAAUGACCGAUAUUGUGACAAUGUGGUAGGUGAGAACUUUGAUGAUCAUAAUAGAUGUGAAUUAUCAAAUUUUAUUUUCCUAUGUUUGACAGUCGAUCAUUUUCAUCUCAUCUCUAUCUUGGCUCUCCUGUUUUUCCCCUUGACUCUUCUCUUUCUUCUUCUGAGGAUGUGUAGUCAGCUGAAAUUGUUCAAAUUCUCCCAACUCAAGAUGAGUGCAAUUGAUUCUAGAUGUUCCCACCAAUUUCUGUCCUAACCAUAUACUAGGUACGGAUCAAGUAUAUCUUAUUAAAAUCAAGUGAUAGGCAAACUAUGAAAUGUAGGUUGGAAACUCAUAAUUCUCUUUUCAUGCACAUGCUAGCUUUCUUUUACGAUUAUCACUGUUGAUAUAGUAUUCUCAACUGUCUUAUCGUAAUCAGUUAAGAACGAUAGUGAAUUAAAAGUCAACUUUUCUUGUUAGUUUUAUCAUUUUCAAGUACUCCAUGUUAUUACUAGCUAUCCUUUUUCUUCGCCCUAUUAAAGUUGAUGGGCUUCAACUUGCCACUUGGUUCUCCAUGUGUUUCAUAUGCCCAUUGACAAACUUCCUUAGUAGUCCCAAUCAGUUAAAAUGUUAGGGGUUCGAGUCCCAUUGUCUCCUAUGCAUGUUAUGUAAUGGAUGAAUGGGUGGAAAAAAAAAAAGAAAAGUUCCUUCCCCUUAAGUAAAUAAAUAAAGAAAGAGGAAAUGGCAGUUUCAGGCAUAGUACAUAUGCUAUUUAGGCUACUCCUCAAGUGAUUUUAUUUAAUAUCUGUACUUUCUUGUGGUACAUACAUUAGACUCUGUUCAUUUAAUUUAUAUCUCAUACUUUUGUCAUUCAAAUAGACUUGUAUGUCAUUCAAUUAAUCAUUGUAGUCCAGUGUGCUUCCAAUAUUCAUGCCAAUGUAAACCUUUUUUACUCUGUUUAAGUUUGGUAUUUCAGUGGUCCAUCUCAUAUUGAACAAUUGCGUGAUGAUAAACUGCAUACACAUGAAUAAUAAACUCUCUUGCCUACAUGGUGAUUUUUACUUUAAAUAUUAUUUGUCGUUAUGGUUGCAAUCAUGUGGUACCAAUUACGUCUAAUUUUCAU